CAAGUUCCAAGGUGCACGACCAUCGUCCGCCCGCAAACUUUGUGCUUUGAUCUUUCCGUCAAGGAGCACAAACGACCAAAGGAGCAACGACCCGAAGCGCAAAGGCAGUUUCACUUUUGUAUGGAACUCUUUCAAAUCAUGGAAGAUCCAGAGAGGCCUCGUCCGUUUUUGUGUGACUGGCAGGGUUGCGGCAAGCGCUUCAACAGAAAGUCCGAUCUUCAGAGACACCAUCGCAUUCAUACAAACGAACGGCCAUACGGAUGCAACUGGCAAGACUGUGGGAAGCGAUUCAUCCAACGCAGUGCCCUCACUGUCCACCUCCGAACGCACACUGGCGAGAAGCCUCAUCAGUGCGAAGUUCCUGAAUGCAGGAAGCCAUUUGCCGACUCCUCGAGUUUGGCCAGACAUCGUCGUAUCCAUAGGGGAGAGAAGCCAUACCGUUGCCAAGAUGUUGGCUGUAACAAAGCUUUCUGCAGAAAAACGACCAGAGACAAGCACCAUACCAACUCCCAUCGGGGUGGUAUCAAUCGCUCCAUGACCCCCAGGCAGCAACUACACCCUGGCUUCGGCUCUGGGUUCGACCAGUUCCACAUGUCGGCACCGCCCGACCUUACGGCCAGCACCGAAAGUAGCCCGGCUGAUAGCACUGCCUACUCGCCAACUGCUUUGGAAGGUGACUGGUCCAACCAAGGUUUCAACAACUAUACACACCUGCCAAACUUGCAGGAAGCGUCGCUCGCCCUUCAAAACCAGAUCAGAUCGCAGCAGAUACCACAGCUUAUGCCCUAUAUGCCGUCGAGGGUUAUGCCUUCAUACUCUGCGCCUCCCUCAAACAUGAUGGCCCAACAGAUGCCGCAGCAGGGGAACUUCGGCAGCUACUCACCUUCGCCUGUAGAGUCUACUCAACAGCAGCCAUGGGCAACAGGUCUCCAAAACAACCAGCGCCAGUACCAGCGUGUUUUGACCUCCAACGAGACCGCUCCCAGAAUGUUUUCGCCCUAUCCGGCUCCACCCAACAUGAUGCCCGGCCAGAAUGACUUCAAUAGUCAAUACCCGCCUCCUCAACAGCAGCAAUCAUGGGGCAUGCCUCAGAACCAGGGUCAGCAGGAGCAGCGCCAGUACUCACUGCCUUCCCCGUCGCAGCCUAUGACGCCAGUGCCUGUUUCUGCGGGAACCGGAACCAUUCAACAGCUGCAGCCGAUGCCGGGCAACAUCUAUGGGGCGAGGCUCGUCGGUGAUGAUCUCGGCGAUCAUUUCUUCAAGGUCGAGGCGACUGCUGAUGAUAGCAAUCCGGGAAUGACGCUGCCGGAUGCGAGGUUUGCUGGCAUGUAAACAUCGCGGUCGGUCGAUCGGUCGGUCAACGCAGAUUGCGGUCGCCUUUUCUCUUUCUCU